CAUCCUUUACAGAGCAAGGAUAGCACAGACUUUAUUACCUGUGUGUAUGAUUCGCUGUACGCUCACCUUUCAGGGGAUACUGUGGCACAGUUAUUGGGGCAAGUUCUUAACACCUGUUCACAGCAGGCAUCCAUCAUUUGGCACUUUUGGAGGAGAUUGAGGUGUUAUCCACAGCUUACUGUGGAUGUAGACACUUUAGUUCCUUCAUGGCAAGAAGACUCAGUGAUGUGCGCCUAGCAUGGCUGUGGCUCCUGCACCGACCACCAAGGGACCGGUAUGGCUUUUAGCCGCAUCACUAAACUGGACCCCCCGUCCCGAGGCAUCUUCAGGAAAGCGGUGGUCAUGCUGUGCUCCCUCCUCGCCUCUUUUUUCCUCCUGCACCUCCUCACCGAAAGCUGCACCACCACCACCACCGGCAACUCACCGCCCAGAGGCUCCUCUAGUCGGACUGCUGGUCUUUUCGAGGACCUGAGUUCGCUGAGGACCAAGAGACUGGUAUAUGAAUGGACUGGCGGAUCGGAGUUGAACCGCUACGGGACCGCCGCGCGCACCUCACAGGUCCUCGCGGAUGAGCGCGCGACGCAGGAUUCGGAGCUGCCCGAAGAGGCUCUCGUGCUGCCACCUCCGGAUUUAGUAGUUUCCAGGAGAGUGUCGCCCAGGUUCGCAGGUAAAGUCAGUCCGCUCGGGGAGGGGAGCAAGAAGCUACCUCAGGCUCUCAUCAUCGGGGUAAAGAAAGGAGGGACCCGGGCUCUGCUUGAGUUUCUUCGGGUUCAUCCUGACAUCAGAGCCGUGGGAGCCGAGCCGCACUUCUUCGACCGAAACUACCACAACGGGCUGGAGUGGUACAGAGAGCUGAUGCCCAAGACCCUGGAGGGUCAAAUCACAAUGGAGAAAACUCCCAGCUACUUUGUGACCAGGGAAGCUCCUGCCCGAAUCUCCGCCAUGUCCCGGAACACCAAGCUGAUCGUCGUAGUUUGA